AUAAAGUCUUAAAAGAAUUUCCCCGUAUAAAAGACAAACAGUUUUGCUUUGCAGUUUUAGUUUAGAAAAAACUAGCAGCUAAAACAUUCAGAUAUAUCAAGAAAAAUUUUUGCAAUGACUCUCUCCAAUCUUUCAGCAACCAAUUUUUUAAAGCUUUGGUAUGUUUAUGAUAAAGAUCGAAGUUCUUAUUUAGAAAAAAACGAAAUUAGGGUAUUGGUGAAAGAUCUUGUGGAGAAAUCUGGAUGUGAUGCUCAGUCAGUUGAAGAACACGAAGCAAAAAUGAUUGAGGAGUACGAUACGAAUAGAGAUGGGAAAAUUCAUAUUAGUGAACUGUCAAAAGUUAUUGGCCAAGAUGCAGAUUUCAUUACAAGUUUUCAGAGCUUGAGCGUAGAUGACUUUGAGCGAGUCUUUCAACUUAGUGACGAGGAUGGAAAUGGAACUCUUGAGAAUGAUGAAAUUCCCCAGUUUUUGAAAAACUUAUUCCCAGAGGGAUCCUCCGACCAAAUCGAGACUUAUAAAAAUAUUUUAGAAGCUCUCUGCGAGAGUCAAGAAGGAAAGCUGACAAAAAAUGAUCUUAAAAUCUUGUUUCAUUAAAAGUUAUUUAUUAUUGUUUAAACCAUGAUAGCUAUCAUUUUCAUUAUUUGCAUCUAUUUAUAAUGUAAGUUAUUAGAAUACGAAAUAUAUAUACAUAGAGAGAAGUUGUAACAAUAUCAAACAGUAAUUAUUAAAACAAGCUAAAACA